AUCUUAAUGUAUUUGAAGUUAGUAACUCUAAAUGGCUAACCUUUGUCAAUCCAUGAAACUGAUUAAUUUGUUGAUUGCUUUAUGAUAAUACAAAAUGUAAAGGUCCUUAGAAGAAUCCUCCGCAGCUUCUUCUCUCCCUCACAAUUGUACCAACUUUUUCAUCCUUCCAUUUUUUUUCUUUAUGAAUCAAUCAUUUGUAACCUCUCCUUACUCUAAUGGCUGCUUCUCUUUCCUUUCUCCUAAACUUAACAUUAUUAUUAUUUCAAAUGCAAAGAGCUGGAUGGCCUUUUGGAGCCUUUCUUCUUCUCUUCCUCUCCUUGGCCUCCUGUCUCUCUUGCUUUCCCACCAAACCCCCCUGACCACCACCACCUACGUUCACCUUGACAUUGUACGUGAUCCUGCUGAUGAGGUGUCAGAUGGACGGGUUGGGUCAAACUCUUCUGUCUUCCGUGAGGCCCCCGCUUUUCGCAAUGGGGAGACUUGUGGAAAUUUGGCCACGGACCGGAUACACGUGGCCAUGACACUUGAUGCUAAUUACUUGAGAGGUACUAUGGCUGCGGUGUUAUCGAUUCUCCAACAUUCAACAUGCCCUGAAGAUUUAACAUUUCAUUUCCUAUGGGUAAGACAUGAACCUGAGGUAUUCACAAGCAUUAAGUCCACAUUUCCCUACCUCAACUUUAAGGUGUACCGGUUUGAUGUCCACAGGGUCCGUGGCCUAAUUUCCAAGUCUAUACGUCAAGCUUUAGACCAACCCUUGAAUUACGCGAGAACUUAUUUGGCUAACUUGAUUCCCAAUGAGGUGAAACGCGUAAUUUAUCUUGACUCUGACCUUGUCAUGGUUGAUGACAUCGCGAAAUUAUGGAAGGUUGAUUUAGGUGAUAAGGUUUUGGCUGCACCUGAAUAUUGUCAAGCGAAUUUCACCUGUUACUUCACCGAGACAUUCUGGUCUGAUCCAUAUAUGCCUAGAACGUUUGAGGGGCGAAAGCCAUGUUAUUUUAAUACAGGGGUGAUGGUAAUGGAUGUGGAUAAGUGGAGACAUGGAAAUUAUACAAAGAAAGUUGAGGAUUGGAUGAUUGUGCAGAAGCAAAAGAGGAUAUACCAAUUGGGCUCUUUGCCUCCAUACUUGCUUGUUUUGGCAGGAAAUAUAAUGCCAAUUGAUCAUAGAUGGAACCAACAUGGAUUAGGUGGUGAUAAUGUUGAAGGUAAAUGCAGGGAAUUGCAUCCUGGGCCUAUUAGCCUUCUUCAUUGGAGUGGCAAAGGCAAGCCAUGGUUGAGAUUGGAUUCAAGAAAACCAUGUAGUGUUGAUCAUCUGUGGGCUCCCUACGAUCUUUAUCGUUCCUCUAGACAUUCAUUUGAGGAGUAACAUGUCACAAAGGCGGAUCCAGGAUAUAUAAAUAUUUAGUGAAUUUCCUAACACAAAUACAAGAUUUGAGCAAAAGCUACUGAGUUAACAUGAACUCACAAGUUACCCUGUAGAUCCGCCCCUUGAUGCUCAAUCCAUGGAACACACGCUGAAAUAUAUAUAGAUAUAAGGUUUGAGGGAAGCAUGUUUUGCAUUAGGAAGAGAAGCAAGCAUCAGAUAAGAAAAAGAAAAGGAAAAAAAAUUGUCGAAGAAAAAAAAAAAGAGAGAGAGAGAGAGAGAAGAAGAAUAAAUACUUUUAGUUUGUUUUCGUUAGCUUCUAGCACAUGAUCAAUUUAUGUUUGGAUUAUAUGUAUUCAACAAAUAUGGCUAGAAGCAAAGAAUCACACUGGUGUGGAGCAUUGCAUGGCAUUUUCCCAGUUGCAGAAUUAUAUUUUGAUUCUGACUAGUCUGAUUCCUCUUAUAUGUAUUCUAGAGUUUAUGAAAUGGAGAAUAUCAAUUAUUCCUCCACGAUGGUCGUCUAAAUCAGAUUAUUGAUGGCUCUGAUAAUUACAGUAUCUAUGAUUAGCUUUACUCAUGUUUUUCAAUUUGAUUACUUCAUCUUACAACUAAAUUAGUACAAUUCUUCUGCUGAGUACCAUAUUCUU